GAGAACUGGCGUAACCACAGGGUACUCUAGUUACACUUUGCGUAACCCAAGGUUACACAUGUAGUCUUAGUGAAGUGAAGAGACUUGACCCUGGUGUCGCCAAAAGCGCAACGGUUGGAUCAAUUACUGGAUAACUAGAUACCCGCACCGAUGGUGACGGCGAGCGCGGGUGGCAGCCCGAAUGACGAUGUGGAGAAGCUUAAGCGGAAGCUGCGGAAGCGCGUGAACCAGGCGAUGGAUGCCGUGUGCGGCGAAUGGGCGCGCGCUCGGCAGCAGAAGCCUAAAUCACUGCAGCAGUCGGAUGUGAGCAUGGAUCGAUCCUACUGUAGCUGCCGACAACUCGUGACCUAUAUCUCGGAGAACAUGACUACAUCGCCGGGCUUCAUAGAGCAGAUGGAUCGGAUCAUCCUCGCCUGCUUCAGUGGCGCUUCGAAGCGUGUGCUCAGCUCUGUGGCGACGCAGGAGGUCUGGUUCCGAGCUUCAGAGUCGGAGGAAGAAGAGGAGGUGGCGGAAUCGAGAGAGGGGAUGUCAGAACGCAUUAGUCGUAGGGACCCCAAAGGACACGUAAAGCCUAGUGAGAGGGCAGCAGCUAGUGACAAGGUUGUCAUCAAGCAGGAAAGAGUUGAAGGGGUGAGUGCGACUCCUCGUGCUACGGGUUUUGGUAGAACGGCAGCAGACGGUGCGGGCCUUGAAAGGCGCGAGGUAGUAGGCUCAUUGCUCGCAAAGCGCCCGAGGAGCAGAACCAGCAAGAAGAAGCUGUCCACCAAGAAGCCGUUGCAGGUAAAAGUGGCACCACGGCAUCGACCGGAGGGGAGCUCUGCAGAGGAGAGUGCUGAGGCUGACACGGAGACUGAUGAGGAGCGGGAGGAACGUAAGAGACCCAAAAAACGUAUGGUGCAGCAACAGUGUGAAGAUGUCAUGAGCCCUGCAAUGCCUGUCGAGGAUGAACAAGGACUUCUUACGUUCAAAGAGGCUAUUGGGGAGCUGUGCUACCAAGAGCGGCGUACGCCUGAACAAACCGCGUUUUUCAAAGAGCGGCUGCGCAAGUCAAUUCAAUUUGUAGAUGCGUUAUUGUGUCACCCGCCCCCAGGUAAAAUGUGUACACGAACUUGCAGUAAAAUUCGUGGAUCAAUGUGUAAGAGCACCGCACCAUGUCACGACAAGAUGUGCCGUAUUUGGCACGAUGUUGAGGCCCACACAGAUCGCUGCAAGAACACCAAAUGCGAGUUUAAACUUCGAAUACUUGUGCGCGAAACCAUGCACAAGCUCCACAGCAAGCAGUUGGAAAUCAAAAAUGCAAGCCAGAAACUGCGGAAAAAGAACGCAUCAUUGGACGACUUGAAUGCCACCGAGCUCAGUGAGCCCGGAACAUACACUGAAUCGAUCGUAACACUCGAGAGCGAGAUCGAGAAAUUGGAGCAAGACCUAAUUACUGAAGAAGUCGAAAUGGCCGAAAUCAAUGGUACCCUUGAAAGGUAUUGGGCGACGCUGAAUGAGAUCGGGAUCGAGUCGAGACAAGAUGAAAUUGACAACUUCCCCGAGUUUGUUACGCAUUACGCAAACAAGAAGAAGCGCAAAUAGACUGGAUUCAUCAACUUAUAGGGCACCUGCCAGAGAGAGAGAGAGAGAGAUUUGCGUUUUAUUUGCUACAUUUCAAAUUUGCUUGCUGCUAAAUAAUGACAAAAUUGAGAUUGAAUUGGUCC